GUCCCGUGGUAAGAACAAGCGAAGAGCUUCGCUUGCUCAGAGAGAGAGAGAGAGAGAGACUUGGAAUGGAUCUAGCUGCUCUUCUUCACGCUCUGAUCCCUUCAUGGGGCUCUGUCGUCUUGCUGGGGACGUUCUUCGCUUACUUGGCCGUCGCCGGUUCGAUCCUUCCCGGGAAGGUUGUCCCCGGCGCGGUGCUGCCGGACGGAUCUCGGCUCUACUAUCGCUGCAAUGGUUUGGUGUCUCUUCUUCUUCUGGUCGCUUUGCUUGGGCUUGGUGCUUGGAUGGACUUCCUUCGACCCACGAUAAUAGCAGAAAGAGGACUUGAGCUGCUAUCCACGACUUUUGUAUUCAGCACUCUUGUUACUAUAGUACUCUAUGCUGCUGGCUGCAAGUCGCGUAGUAACGGUUCCUCCCUAAAGCCUCACCUGUCGGGAAGCCUCACUCAUGACUUGUGGUUUGGAGUACAGCUGAAUCCUCAAUUUGUUUGGAUAGACCUCAAGUUUUUCUUUGUGCGAGCAGGUAUGAUGGGCUGGCUUCUUAUCAACCUGUCAGUUCUAGCUAGAAGUGUCCAGGAUGGCAACUUAAACCUAUCAGUGAUCCUUUAUCAACUAUUCUGCAUGUUAUAUAUCAUGGACUACUUUGUCUACGAGGAGUAUAUGACUUCCACAUGGGAUAUUAUUGCAGAGAGAUUGGGCUUCAUGUUGGUAUUUGGAGAUCUAGUGUGGAUUCCCUUCACGUUUAGCAUUCAGGGUUGGUGGCUUUUGAGGAAUAAUGUAGAGCUAACAAUAACUGCUGCCAUUGCUAGUUGUUUCGUAUUUCUAAUUGGAUAUAAGGUGUUCCGAGGAGCUAACAAGCAAAAGCAUGUGUUCAAAAGGAAUCCCAAAGCACUUAUAUGGGGUCAUCCUCCAAAAGUUGUAGGCGGGAAGUUGCUUGCUUCUGGUUAUUGGGGAAUUGCAAGGCACUGUAACUACCUUGGCGACUUGCUGCUGGCACUGUCCUUCAGUUUGCCUUGUGGACUAAGUUCACCAGUUCCUUAUUUCUACCCAAUCUAUCUCCUGAUUCUGCUGAUAUGGAGAGAGAGGAGAGACGAAACUCGUUGUGCAGAAAAGUACAGAGAAAUUUGGGCAGAAUACCGCAGAGUAGUUCCUUGGAGGAUAUUCCCCUACAUUUAUUAGAUCUAUAGUAGUAAUGUUAGAUCGCCCCACUUUCAAGAGAAAAAGAUAUAGGACUGAAUUGACUUCAUUGACUUUUUCGACACUUCUCCCCAAGUGCAUAAUUCCCAAAUAAAAAGACAGGUACUAGGUGAGAAACAAGACUACUUGAUGCUAGAUCUGUUAACCAAUCUAGCCAAAGCAUCGGCGGCCGUGAGUAAGAGUAAUAAAGUGAGCAUGCUAUUUAACUUUAAUGGGUCAAAUCAGUGGAAAACAAAGACCUGAGCAAUGUGCAUUCUGCCGGAUGGUUCGAACCCAUCAUAGCAAAGAGGUUGGGCUUUCUUGGUUAGAAUAUUCAGCAACUCAUCUUCCUGAAUGCACUCUUCCCCAACGGUCCUCGCAAUUCGAAACCUCUG